GUGGCUGUCCUGAGCCCAGGGCCAGCUGAUGUCCAGGUUAGGGAAGCGCUGGGGCUCCUGAUCCCAGUCUGGAAGUUUGAACUCCGCUCUUCCGCCACUCACUGGCUAAGACAAGCCAGGAUUGGGAAGCUCAGAGGCUGCAGGUGCAGUGACCACUGCUCCCCAGGAGCUCCCUGCUCCUCCUUCCCAAACAGGAAGCAGAGCUGGACCUGCCUCUGGAAGGGCCAUGCGCAGCACCACACUCCUGGCCUUGUUGGCACUUGUACUGCUUUACUUGGUAUCUGGGGCUCUAGUGUUCCAGGCUCUGGAGCAGCCGCAAGAACAGCAGGCUCAGAAGGAGCUGGAGGACGGCCGAGACCAGUUUCUGAAGGACCACCCGUGUGUGAGCCAGAAGAGCCUGGAGGAACUCAUCAAGCUCGUGGCGGAAGCCCUGGGAGGGGGUGCAAACCCAGAAACCAGUUGGACCAAUAGCAGCAACUACUCAUCAGCUUGGAACCUGGGCAGCGCCUUCUUUUUCUCGGGGACCAUCAUCACUACCAUCGGCUAUGGCAACACAGCCUUAAACACAGAUGCCGGGCGACUCUUUUGUAUCUUCUAUGCACUGGUGGGGAUCCCGCUGUUCGGGAUGCUGCUGGCGGGAGUCGGGGACCGGCUGGGCUCCUCUCUGCGCCGGGGCAUCGGUCACAUCGAAGCAAUCUUCUUGAAGUGGCACGUGCCACCGGGGCUGGUGAGAAUGCUGUCUGCUGUUCUCUUCCUGCUGAUUGGCUGCCUGCUCUUUGUCCUCACUCCUACCUUCGUGUUCGCCUAUAUGGAGGGCUGGAGCAAGCUGGAAGCCAUCUACUUUGUUGUAGUGACACUGACCACCGUGGGCUUUGGCGAUUAUGUGCCCGGCAACGGCACUGGACAGAACUCUCCAGCCUAUCAGCCACUGGUGUGGUUCUGGAUCUUGUUCGGCCUAGCCUACUUCGCUUCAGUGCUCACCACCAUCGGCAACUGGUUGCGAGCGGUGUCCCGCCGCACACGGGCAGAGAUGGGUGGCCUCACGGCGCAGGCUGCUAGCUGGACCGGCACAGUGACAGCACGAGUGACCCAGCGAGUUGGGCCCAACGCCCCACCGCCAGAGAAGGAGCAACCACUCCUGCCUUCCUCUCUGCCAGCACCGCCUGGUGUUGUCCAGGCAACCGGCACGCCGGGUUCCCCAGCUCUCGUAGAGAAGGUCGAGACGCCUUCCCCACCCACGGCUUCAGCUCUGGAUUACCCCAGCGAGAACCUGGCCUUCAUAGAUGAGUCCUCAGACACUCAGAGUGAGCGUGGCUGCGCCCUGCCUCGUGGGCCUCGGGGUCGCCGCCGUCCCAACCCCCCCAGGAAACCUGCUAGACCCCGGGGUUCUGCGCGUCUCCGUGACAAGGCUGUGCCGGUGUAGGAGCAGGAUCUCUGGCCCGAGACCCUGCCCCUCCCCUGCCAGGGGUUUCGUAUCUGCUGAUGCUCAGGCAUGCUUGGCUUGUUUGACCAAAGAGCC